AUGAGCUCAAUCAAUCAGCACAUCAAUGAGCUGCAAUCAAGCGAACAGGCAGACAGCGUGCUCCUGCUGGUCAGCUUCCCAUACUCAGGAAACACCAACAGCGUCUUCGCUCUGGACUACAUCAGCGGCUCACUCACCGUCAAUGGUCAGCUGGACAGAGAGGACCCACUCUACUCCGCUGGAUUCAUCCUCACUGUGAAGGCAACAGAGCUGAACGAUGACCGGUCCCCAUCAGACGCCACGGUGAUGACCACCUUCACCAUCCUCCUGAUCGACAAGAAUGACAAUGCGCCCAAGUUCAACAGCUCUGAGUACCGCGUACGCAUUACCGAGCUGGCCCAGGUGGGCUUCGCCCUGCCCCUCUUCAUCCAGGUUGAGGACAAGGACGAGGGAGUGAACAGCAUGUUUCAGGUGUUUCUGACGGGGAAUAACUCGGAUCACUUCACCAUCUCCCCGACCUCAGUGCAGGGCCGAGCCGACAUCCGAGUGCGCGUGGCCAUCCCACUGGACUUUGAGACCAUCAGGACCUACAGCUUCUCUCAUGUGGGCUUUGCUCGUGUUUUCAUCGACCUGGUCAACGAGAACGACAACCGGCCGAUUUUCAGCAGCCCCCUGUACAACAUCAGCCUGCCUGAAGACACGCCGCCUGGGACCUCGCUCAUACAGAUCAUAGCAACAGACGGUGACUUUGGCGCAUUUGGAGUGGUGCGAUAUUACUUCAGUGAUGACCCAGACCAGUAA